AUGAAUGGUGGUCGGCCGCAAGCAUCUGGCCUUCAGCCCGCAGCCGAGCGGCCACUGCCCCCAUGGCUGCGAGCCUCGGCCGAUCAAUCACCACCACACACGGCUAGUUCACAACUUCCUGGAACCCAGAGGCCUUCAGAUAGCCCCUCGCCGCUGGGCCUUGGAGGAUACACUGAUACAGCCACCUCCUCCCACCCGGAGCCCAGCGUCAGGCUCAACCUGGGAGCGGCCCACUGCCCGCCGGACUCCAACCUGGCGGAGCAGCAGCCGCCCUGCGCCCGCAGCAACAACAACAACAACAACAACAACAACAACAACAACAACAACAACAACAACAACACCCCCCGAGCCUCCGGCAAACCGCCUCAGCCGGCCAACUGCGUCCGCGUCCCCCCGGCGCCACCGACCCUCAUGGCGCCGCCGCUGCCGUCGCACCACGCCCGCCGGGAGGCGCCCCGACUACAGCACCAAACGCUGCCGGCCCAACGCCCCCGCGAGCCGACCGCCCUGCUGCUAUACCUCCGAGAGUGCCGCCAUGCCGCUGCCGCCACCGCCGCUGCCGCCGCUCCACCCAGACGUCCUCCGCCUGCCAGCAGCACCACCGCCGCUGGCCCGCCGCCGCCGACGCGCCCGCCGGUUCAGAAUGUUACGAACAAUUAUAACUACAGCGCGCCUGGGCCGGGGGCAGGGAAGCAGCAGCAGCAGCAGCAGCAGCAGAAGACGCAAGUGCAGGCGCCACAAGCGGCGGCAGCGCCGCGGCCGCCGCCAAUGCAGCAGGCAAAGGGGCACUCGUCUCCAUCCGGCGGGUCGUCUUUUGCGCCAAAGUUUGGCGGCAGCGGGGCGCACCACGGCUCAUCGUCGUCGUUUGCGCCGAAGAUGCAGUUUGGCGGCGGGUCCAGCUCGCAUCAGCAUCAUCAUGGAGGAGGCGAUAGCAGCGGACUGAAGGCACAGGUCAAGCAUCUGGAGAAGGCGGUGGCGAAGCAGGGGCAUGCGGCGGAAGCGGAGAUGAAGAGGGUUGUUGAUAGGUAUGAGGAUAAGGAGAGGAAGAGGCGUGAGCAGGAGAGGAGGGAUGAGGAGAGGAGGAGGAGGAAGAGAGAUGCCGCGGACGAGAGGAAGAGGCAUGAUGAGGAGGAGGCUGCGGAGAAGAGACAUGAGAGGGAAGAGGCAGAGAGGAAGAGGAGAGAAGAGGAAGAUGGUAAGAAACAUAAGCUUGCAGAUGGGAAGAAGCCAGAGGAGAGCAAGACAGAGCCUGAGAAACCCCCGACUCAUCAAGUCGGGCAAGGAGACCCCCGGCCUCCGGGUGGAUCCCAAAAUCAGCAAGACGAACAGCAGGAGCAAAGUGACGAGGAGCAAGGCGACCAGGAACCCGGGCACCACGAACCUGAUCAGCAAUACCUGCAGUCCCAACGGCCUGAGUACUCACAGUUCCAACAGCCGAACCAGUGGCAGGAUCCCCAGCCAUACGACCAGUCGCGACCGCCGCAGCUGCAUCAGUGGCAAGAUUACCCGCAUCAAAACCAGUGGCAAGACCCUCAACAGCAGUAUCGAUCGCAGUCUGCGGAUCAGAAUCACUGGCAGGAGCCACAUCAACAGUGGGACAAUCACCAGCAGCAGUAUCAAGGACAAGAUCCCCACCAACGAGACCAGAGGGCAGAUUCCCGACAACAACAACAAUUUGAUGAUCCAAGACAACGGCAGCAACAAUGGGACGACGACGACGACAUCCAGCACAAGCAGCAGUGGCAACAGCAAAGACACGACCAGUGGGAGCCAGAGCCACAGAAGCCGCGGCAACAGGCCCAGUGGCAGCAGGCGCAACCUGAGGAUGAUUGGCAGCAGCCACAGCAGCACAGACAGUGGGAACGCGAACCACGAGAACAAGACUCACAUCGCCGCCAGCCGUACGAACAAGCCCACGAUCCAUACGAGCGACAACCCUCCUCGUACGAACAACAGCAAGAUGCAUAUGACAGACAGCCAUACGCACAAGAGCGCGACUACAACCAGCGACAGCAAUACACCCAAGAGCAAGACCAGUACCAACGACAACCAUACCAAAGCCAGUACGAGCCGCGAGAGAGAUACUCGCAGGAGCAGACGCGCCAGCACAGCCCUGAGCCGAGCAACAACAACAACAACGGGACGAAAAUCGCUGCAGCUGCCAUCGGAGGAGCCGCACUUGGAGGCGCUGCUGUGUAUGCCGCAGAGCAAGCCGGGUCUGAUAGUGACGAUGGGCAUAGCGUCGACAACGACUCUACUGAGGUUGAUCAUGGAGCCGAAAGCCAUGAGGAGGAGAAAGCUGGCGAUGGCGACAGCGAUGGUUGCUGUGGGGAUUGUGGAGAGGAUUGCUACUGA